AUGUCACAGCCACAGAAGAUAGAUCUCAAUGCCCUCUCACCGCAGCAGUUGGUUGAGUUUCGCAAGAAUGUCGACCAGGAGAUCAACCAUUUCACCCAAUCACUUCAAGCUUUGCAAACAGCGCAGGCGAAAUUAAAAGAUUGCAUUGUUAGCAUAAAUAAGCUAGAAAAGACUAAAGAAGACGAAAUGCUAGUGCCGCUCACGAGCUCGUUGUAUAUCCCGGGCAAAGCUGUGUCCAAGCAGGAUUUCUUGGUGGAUAUUGGAACCGGAUACUAUGUUGAAAAAAACGCAGACGAUGCCAAAAAAGUUUACGACAAGAAGAUCAAGAAGCUUGACGAGGAUGGCAAGAAGUUGAGAGAUAUCUUGGUGCAGAAGAAUGAGAUCUUGAACGGUAUCAACCUCAUCUUACGCAAAAAAGUGAUUGAAAUGGAAAAGAGCCAGCAGGAGCAAGCGUGA